GCGGUAGCCCUCCUAUCGCCGAAGUCGAAAGUACUCGGCGCAGCGAGCCGGACCCGGAGCCCAGGCGGCCGUGGCCACCUCCCGCGCGCCUGUCUGCGCCUCCGCGGGGAGACCAGGCAACCAGCGCCAGCCCGGUCGUUGCCGCCUCCGCGCCGGGACGAGCGCGCCUCGGGGCUGGGAGAGGCAGCCGCACCCUGGACUCGCCGCGAGGAGGAGGAGGAGCAGACCCCGCGCCCCGGCGCCCGCUGCGCCCGGGAGCACCCGCCGCUCGCGCGGCACUCGGUCCUCGGUCCUCCGCCGCCCCGCGCGCGCGGUCCCUGCCACACGGCUUGCCCACCGCCGCCUCUCCGCUUCCUCCUCCUCCCUCUUCCCGGCCUCCCACCCGCCCCGCGCCAGUCCCUCUACCUCCGCCGCAGCCCCGCCGCCGUUGGGUCGCUCGGCUCCCGGCGAUUGAUUGAUUGAUGUUUAAUUUCCUGCCAGGCGGGGCCCCCCUCCCCCGGCCACCUCCCCCGCCCUCCUCCCCGCCCCCCACUCGCCGCUCUCGCGGCGGUGGACCAGUCUGGCUUGGGUUUAGAUCGUUCCCCCCCCACCCCCAUCCCGAAAUCAUCCAGAGACGUCUCCCGCCCCCACCCCAAAUUAUUAUUUUGAAGGCGCUAGAUCUGGGGACGGGGAGGGGGAGGGGGAGAAAUCGGAAACCGAGGACAACCCAAAAGGACUCACUUUGCCUGAUGACUCAACGCAACUAAUAAUCAUCUCCCUCUCAGUGCGUCUCUCUCUGCGGCUUGUCAGGGAGUCUGGCUCCGGCUGCUGGCGGCGGCGGCCCGGAGCGGAGAGGCUGGAGGUGACAGCUCGGGCGGCCACCGCGCUCUCUCCCGUGCGCGGCCCCGGCUCCCUGCGCCGCCUCGGCUCCCGGUGGCACCGGCCCUGGGGCUCCGGCCGCGCCUCCUCGCGAGCUAGCAGCCCGGUGGAGCGGCAGCCCGGCCCGCCUCCGGGUCCCCAGCGCUUGCUCUCCGGAACCGGUCUCCUCCGCGGAGGUGCGAAGGGCUCUCUCUGCCUCGUCUCUGCUCCCCUCCUCUGAGGCCCCCUCCCCCGCUCGCUCGGUGCCCCUUCGGAGGAGCCUCCUUUCCCUCCCACCUCCCCUCCCCUUCCCCCCCAGUCAUCCUCAUCAUAACUACCAUCUCCGCGCUAGAAGGCACCCUGACCCGGGACCGUGCGCGGUGGGACCCGGGGCGGAGGCGAGGGGAAGCAGGGAGAGGAAGGCAGCCCCGGACUGCACUGCGAGGCGAAGCAGCAGAAACUUUCCACCCUGGAGUCUCUACUUUUGCUCCAUGGACAGAGCCCCAGCCAGCCGAGCUACAGACAGACCGUGAGCAGUAAGUCCCUGCGCGUUUUAUUGCGACCUGCCCGUGGGAACUCUGUCUCCGAGCCGGAGCAGCAUGGAGCGGCGGAGCGAGAGCCCGUGUCUGCGGGACAGCCCCGACCGGCGCAGCGGCAGCCCCGACGUCAAGGGGCCUCCCCCGGUGAAGGUGGCGCGGCUGGAGCAGAACGGCAGCCCCAUGGGAGCCCGCGGGAGGCCCAACGGCGCCGUGGCCAAGGCCGUGGGAGGGCUGAUGAUCCCCGUCUUCUGCGUGGUGGAGCAGUUGGACGGCUCUCUCGAAUAUGACAACAGAGAAGAACACGCCGAGUUCGUGCUGGUUCGGAAGGACGUGCUCUUCAGCCAGCUGGUGGAGACGGCGCUGCUGGCCCUGGGCUACUCCCACAGCUCCGCCGCCCAGGCCCAAGGAAUAAUCAAGCUGGGCAGGUGGAACCCGCUCCCGCUCAGCUACGUGACCGAGGCCCCCGACGCCACGGUGGCCGACAUGCUGCAGGACGUCUAUCACGUCGUGACGCUGAAGAUCCAGCUGCAGAGUUGCUCGAAGUUGGAAGACCUGCCCGCGGAGCAGUGGAACCACGCCACCGUCCGCAAUGCCUUAAAGGAACUGCUCAAAGAGAUGAACCAGAGCACACUAGCCAAAGAAUGCCCUCUCUCCCAGAGUAUGAUUUCAUCCAUUGUAAAUAGCACAUAUUAUGCCAACGUGUCAGCAACCAAGUGCCAGGAGUUUGGGCGAUGGUAUAAGAAGUACAAGAAGAUUAAAGUGGAAAGAGUGGAACGAGAAAACCUUUCAGACUAUUGUGUUCUGGGCCAGCGUCCAAUGCAUUUACCAAAUAUGAAUCAGCUGGCAUCCUUGGGGAAAACCAACGAACAGUCUCCUCAUAGCCAAAUCCACCACAGCACUCCAGUCCGAAACCAAGUGCCCGCGUUACAGCCCAUCAUGAGCCCGGGGCUGCUCUCUCCCCAGCUUAGCCCACAGCUUGUCAGGCAGCAAAUAGCCAUGGCCCAUCUGAUAAACCAACAGAUCGCUGUGAGCCGCCUCCUGGCUCACCAGCACCCUCAAGCCAUCAACCAGCAGUUCCUGAACCAUCCGCCCAUCCCCAGAGCAGUUAAGCCUGAGCCAACCAACUCUUCUGUGGAGGUCUCUCCCGACAUCUACCAGCAAGUCAGAGAUGAGCUGAAGAGGGCCAGCGUGUCCCAAGCUGUCUUUGCAAGAGUGGCAUUCAACCGCACACAGGGCCUGCUGUCCGAGAUCCUCCGGAAGGAGGAAGACCCGCGGACGGCCUCGCAGUCCCUCCUGGUGAACCUGCGGGCCAUGCAGAAUUUCCUCAACCUCCCCGAGGUGGAGCGGGACCGCAUCUACCAGGACGAGCGGGAGCGGAGCAUGAACCCCAACGUGAGCAUGGUGUCCUCGGCCUCCAGCAGCCCCAGCUCCUCCCGGACCCCUCAGGCCAAAACCUCCACACCGACAGCAGACCUCCCCAUCAAGGUGGACGGCGCCAACGUCAACAUCACAGCUGCCAUUUACGACGAGAUCCAGCAGGAGAUGAAAAGGGCCAAGGUGUCCCAAGCCCUGUUCGCCAAGGUGGCUGCAAAUAAAAGUCAGGGCUGGCUGUGCGAGCUGCUCCGCUGGAAGGAGAACCCCAGCCCGGAGAACCGCACGCUCUGGGAGAACCUGUGCACCAUCCGCCGCUUCCUGAACCUCCCCCAGCACGAGCGAGACGUGAUCUACGAGGAGGAGUCGCGGCACCACCACAGCGAGCGCAUGCAGCACGUGGUCCAGCUGCCACCCGAGCCAGUGCAGCAGGUCCUUCACAGGCAGCAGGCCCAGGCUGCCAAGGAGAGCUCCCCUCCCCGCGAGGAGGCCCCGCCCCCGCCGCCGCCCGCAGAAGACAGUUGUGCCAAAAAGCCCCGGUCUCGCACCAAGAUCUCCUUGGAAGCCCUGGGGAUCCUGCAGAGCUUCAUCCAUGACGUGGGCCUGUACCCCGACCAGGAGGCCAUCCACACGCUCUCGGCGCAGCUGGACCUGCCCAAGCACACCAUCAUCAAGUUCUUCCAGAACCAGCGGUACCACGUGAAGCACCACGGCAAGCUCAAGGAGCACCUGGGCGCCGCGGUGGACGUGGCCGAGUACAAGGACGAGGAGCUGCUGACGGAGUCGGAGGAGAACGACAGCGAGGAGGGCUCGGAGGAGAUGUUCAAGGUGGAGGCCGAGGAGGAGGGCGCGGACAAGGGCAAGGCCGCGCCCGCGGACAGCGACCAGAGAUAAUGUGAACCCCGCCAGGCACAGCAAUACAUCGGUCCAAGGAUUUCCUGUUCUCGUUGCUUUUUUUUAAAAAAAAAAAAUUUUGGCUUUAUUUUAUUUUUGCCUUUUUUUUUUUUUGGUCUGUUUGGUUUUUCUUACCUUUUUUUUUUUUUUUUGACAUUUCUUUGUUGCACAGGAUACACCUGUAGAGUGAAUACGUUCAGUAUUUCCCAACCAGAGGUCGCCUUGGCAAAGACACUCGAGUGUUACACUUCGACCACGGACUGGAGCACAGUCAUGCCGGCCCGGGGGGACUCUGCCUUCGCUGUUCUUGCACUUCAUCGAAGAGCCAGGGGGCCAGUCCCGGGAGGAAAAGAUGGACGAGACACAUGAAGGAAGCGACGCGUGUGUGUAUAUGUAUAUGUACAUAUCUAUAUAUUUACAUAUAUAUAUGAAAAUUGCAUGGGACAGAGAACCUUACAACCGGAAAGAAGAGACUGUGAAAUGAGUUCUUGGAGAAGAGACUUGUUUAUGUAUUAAAAACAAAAAACCACUUCCCAGUGAGUCGCUUUGGCUUUUUGAUAAACUUCAGGCCUGCUCUCAGGGUGGGGUGACUAUUUUUGAAUUCCUAUUUAUUUUCUGUGUUUAUCCCUGAUUUUUUUUGAAUUCUAUGGCUUCCUAUCUGGCAGCUUGAUGGGUAAUUUUUGAGGUAUGUAUUUAACAAAAUAAAUCAACACUGCCAAAAAAUAAAAAAUAAAAAAUAAAAAAAAAGUGAGAGAGAGAAGAAGAAGGUAAAGGGAAAAGAAAAUCAGGGCACCUUAAAUGAUACAAGUCCAAUUACUCUUAAAGACACAAUGCACACUUAAACUGACUCGAUAUGUUCCGUUAUUCAACCUGUCGUUGCUUUAGUGAUCAGAUGUAUUUCUGUGGAAUUCCAGACGAGUAAACCUGAAAUUCGGUACAGAGAAAACUUGGACAUUAGCGUGGUCUUGAUGAAACGCCAUUUUGAUGUUGGACAUAUGGAAUUCAUAGUAUGAGCCACAUUCUGUUGUGAAAUUUAUUUACCUGCUCGUGGCUUCAAAUCUUAAAAUGAAUAAGCCUGCUCAUUUAAAAGUUGUUUGUUGCUGUUUUCUUUUGUCUUUUUUUGUUUUUGUUUUUAAAUAGAAAAUAGUUCAAUGUAACGUUAAGUUAGAAAAGAAGUUGCUGCCCAGUUCAAGGGCCCCCUCUCAAAUAAAUCUCCAUCCGUCUCCCAAAAGGCAUUUCCCACUCUUGUUUCACUCUGGGCUUCCUCUCCCUCCUGCACAUUCCGUCCCCCCGACCAAACACUCUCAUUCCUGCUCUCGCAGCCCCCGCGUGGCAGCCCUCACCAGACCCCCGGGUUGAGUCAUUGUGCAGCUCCAAGCAAUAGAGCAGGUGACACAAUUGCAGUGGCGUCGCCUGCUUGUCACCAUCAGAAACGUUUUCCCAGUUCCCUACACAGCAGUUACUUGUCCUAAUGCAGAAUGAAUGCCUACGGGCUGCUGAGUGGAAUGAGCAGGAGAGCUGCAUUCUGCCACAGCUCCCCAACCUUUAGCUUCUUCUCAGAAACACUCGUAGCAUUGCUGCCCACUUCCAUUAGCGUCAGUGCAAGAGGAGACCUCACCUUCAGGACCGGCCUGGUGAGCCUGACCCGGCUUCAUCGUGGCCAGCGGACAGCCCCACACCGUUGGAUUUUUUUAUUUUUUAUUAUUGAGUUGUGUUCUCAUGCAACCUUGUCAAAGACCUCAUGCAAUAUCACUUUGAAAGUUAUUUUCUGUUUACUACACAACCAUUGUAAUAUAACUGUUAAUACUAUUUAUAUAUUUGAAAGGUAUAAGAGGUAGGAGUUAAAAAAAACAAACCUCUAUGUGUAGAUAUUAACUCAGAACUUACACUAUACAGGGAGAAGACGUUGCAAUACAAGCUAAUUCUAGCUGCUCAGUAACCUCUGGAGUUUUUAAAGGGACAUGUUCCUGUACUUUUCCCAAUACCGAUGUUGAAAAGAUGAUCUCCACACGAGCAUCACAUACCUUUGCGAAGGAAUGGUUGUUUGCGGUUAAAGCCUGGGCCCAGCCCCCCUCCUCCUGUAGCGCGCUGCGGCUUUCAUCAGAAAGGCCGCGGCUGCCCCCUGAUCUCCGAGUUACUCUCUCCAAAUUGUCUUCUUACACUGUCGCUGAAGGUCACUCUGUCCACGUAACGGAAACUGAUUUGCCAAGCUCUUACAAGGUGGUUCAUCGAUGGAUGGCAUCCGCAUUUGGUAUCUUUUACACUUCAACCAAAAAUUUAUUAGGUAUUUUUCAAUGCUAAGUCUUGCCUUUUAUUUUUUAAUUUCACUGCCAAGUUUGCAGUGGUUCUAAGUGAAUCUGUGGGCAUUUUAGCCUGUGGUCUUGCCAGAUCUUUGCGAAUUACAAUGCAUAUAUGUCUAUUUAUUCAAUAUCUGUCAUAUAAUAUCUAUUUGGAAGAAGAAACUUUCUCUUGUAGUGCCUCUUGACAAAGCACAAUUUCCCGCCUUUUUGUGUGUGUGAAAUGAAAAACAAAUUGUGUUUUAUUGCGGUAUCAACAAUGUGAAUAAGGAUUAACAUAUUGUAAAUGUUCUUUUUUCCAUGUAAAUCAGCUAUCUUUGUUAUCACUAAGUGAUAAUUAAUUUUUAACUUAUGUGCAUCGUUAGGCUGUUAGAAUUUUUUGGUUGUUAAAAUAAAACGCAUUCAAUAAAUAUGACGUUGUU